AUGGAGGUGCGGACCGGCGUCGGACCUCCGCCGGCUGGCGGUGGACUCGGCGCGGGCAAGUCCACAUCCUCGAGCCGUGCAGCGCGGGCUACUGCGGUGCCCUGGGCGCGCUUCUCUGCUUGGCUGGAGUGCGUGUGCGUGGUCACUUUCGACCUGGAGUUGGGCCAAGCGCUCGAGCUAGUGUAUCCAAGCAAUUUCCAGCUCACAGACAAAGAGAAAAGCAGCAUCUGUUACCUGUCCUUUCCAGACUCCCACUCAGGUUGCCUUGGGGACACACAGUUCAGUUUCCGCAUGCGUCAGUGUGGAGGGCAGAGGAGCCCCUGGCAUGCUGAUGACAGGUCGUACAACAGCAGGGCCCCCUUGUCACUGCAGAGGGAGCCGGCACAUUACUUGGGCUUUGUGUACUUCAGGCAGGUCAAGGACAGCUCUGUGAAGAGGGGCUACUUCCAGAAGUCUUUGGUGCUGGUGUCCCGCCUGCCCUUUGUCAGGCUGUUUCAGUCAUUGCUAAGUCUGAUUGCCCCUGAGUACUUUGAGAAGCUGGCACCAUGCCUGGAAGCAGUUUGUAAUGAGAUUGACCAAUGGCCAGCCCCCAUGCCUGGGCAGAUCCUGAACCUACCUAUUAUGGGAGUAGUCAUCCAGGUACGCAUACCAUCCAGGCUGGACAAGCUAGAAUCCAGUCCUCCAAAGCAGUGUGACCAAGAGAAUCUGCUGCCCGCUCCUGUGGUGCUUGCCAGCGUCCAUGAACUGGAUCUCUUUAGGUGCUUCCGGCCUGUGCUGACUCAUGUGCAGACCCUAUGGGAGCUCAUGCUCCUCGGGGAGCCUCUAGUGGUCCUGGCACCCUCACCUGACAUGUCCUCGGAGUUGGUGCUAGCCUUGACCAGUUGUCUGCAGCCUCUCAAGUUCUGCUGUGACUUCCGCCCCUAUUUCACCAUUCAUGACAGCGAGUUCAAGGAGCUCACAACCCGCACACAAGCCCCACCAAACGUGGUCCUGGGAGUUACAAACCCUUUCUUUAUCAAAACACUUCAGCACUGGCCCCAUGUCCUCCGAAUUGGGGAGCCCAAGAUGUCAGGGGACCUUCCUAAGCAGAUCAAGUUAAAAAAGCCCUCAAGGCUGAAGACCCUUGACACCAAGCCAGGCCUCUACACCUUAUAUACUGCCCACCUCCAUCGGGACAAGGCACUACUGAAACGGCUGCUCAAGGGUGUACAGAAGAAGCGGCCGUGGGAUGCACAGAGUGCCCUACUUAGGCGGCACCUUCUGGAGCUUACUCAGAGUUUCAUUAUCCCCCUGGAGCACUACAUGGCCAGCCUCAUGCCACUGCAGAAAAGCAUCACACCCUGGAAGAGUCCCCCCCAGAUUCGUCCCUUCCGCCAGGAUGAAUUCCUGCAUAGCCUAGAGCACGCAGGACCCCAGCUCACCUGCAUCCUUAAGGGGGACUGGCUGGGCCUCUACAGGAAGUUCUUCAAGUCACCUCAUUUUGAUGGCUGGUAUCGGCAGCGGCACAAAGAGAUGGCCCAGAAGCUGGAGGCCCUGCACCUGGAGGCGAUUUGUGAGGCGGACGUUGAGGCCUGGAUGAAGGACAAAUCGGAGGUAGAGGUGGUGGACUUGGUCCUGAAACUUCGGGAGAAGCUGGUGCGGGCACAGAACCACCAGCUCCCUGUGAAGGAGAUGACACUACAUCGAGCACAGCUGUAUAUUGAGACAGUCAUUGGCUCCCUGCCCAAGGACCUACAGGCUGUUCUGUGCCCUCCCUGAGACAGGGCCAAGGUAAGAAAAUGAAGGCAAAAGAGAAGUAAAAAGGUAUACAUACAGUUGAGCUGGAUCAGUCCAAUGCAGGGACCAAGGAUCUGUCCAUAGUUAGACACCUGAGCAGAAGCAAGUGGAAGUGGAGAUCCUGGAGUGAGGAAGAAUGAUCCUAGCUCCCAACAGAGGUUUAACCUGUCACAGAGGUGCCAGCCUCCCUGUUGGGGUCCUGGCAUCUUAAGAAAUUUGUGAGCCGGGCGUGGUGGCGCACGCCUUUAAUCCCAGCACUUGGGAGGCUGAGGUAGGAGGAUUGC